ACUGGGCGCGCAAUGCUUUCGAGCGUUUCGCGUGAUUGCGUCUGGGUGCUCAAUCGAUAUCAGUGCCCCACCACGUUUUCCAAUGGUGCGGCGGCCGCGGCCGUCCUGGUAGGUCUGCCACAGUCGCCGUCUGUGACUGGUGACCCUGCAGAGCGCCGGUGCUGGUGCUGAGCUGGUGCCAUCAGAGGUGGGGGCGCUGAGUCGCCGCACACCAAUCGCUAGUCACCAUUGAUCCCACAAGAUCAGCCAUGGCCGACACGCUGGGCGAAAUCCAGAAAAUGGGCUACCUCAAAGUCCGCAGGAAAGAAGAAAAGAAGUUCAAGAAGAGAUGGGCUGUUUUACGCCAGGACACGGCCUCAGUGGAUAUUUAUGAGUCUGACAAGAAAUGGAGAGCCAGAGACAAAUGCAAAAUGACGAUCCCGCUGUCACCGUGCUUCAGCGUCAGCAAGAAGGAGGAGCCCAAGUGCAAGUACGCCAUCGGCCUGAUGGGCACGGUGAGCUACACGCUGGGACUGGACUCGGAUGAGGAGCAGACGGACUGGUUGCUGCGGCUGCGCUGGGUGCACCAGGGCGGUCGGCACGCCGACGCCGAGCCGCCGCGGCCGCACUACGACUCCAUGUGGGAAGUGACGAUCACCGACCGCGGCCUGGGCAGCACCAAGAAACUCAACGGCCAGUAUUGUGUGGGCCUCACCUGUGACGGCAUUCAGCUCAUCAACAAACGCAACAACAACGAGACCUACGACCUGCCGUUCUCCGUGAUCCGCGGCUGCCGCCACAUGGAGUGUUUCUUCUGGCUGGAGGUGGGCCGCACCUCGUGUUUUGGAGCCGGAGAGAUCUACAUGCAGCUCGCCGAACGUAUCUACGCCCAGAAUAUGCACGAGGUUAUGAAGACAAAGUUCAAUUCUCGGAGCAGCGAGUCGAGCAGCCAGCAGGGCGAGUCGCGGCCGCGCGUCGCCUCCACUUCAGAGCCGUCGCGGCCCAUCAACGUGGCAAAAGGUCGCCGCAACACCUACUCAUCCAACAACAGUUCCCACACGUCUGUGAACACGAUUCCUGCGGCGACCACGCCGGGUCGCGACCGGUCCGGGUCGGUGCCCAGUCGGCCGCGCACGACCAGCGAGGGGACGGGCGACCGGCACCACGCCACGCUGCACGGGCACCACACCCGCUCUCGGGUCGGCACGGACAGCCACAGCCGCAUCUCGCUGGUGGCUCACUCGCGCAGCUCCAGCAUGACGGCCGGAUCGCCGCCCGUGCCCAGCAGCUCCUUCAGCCCGGCGUCCGUGGAUAGCAGCUCCUCGUACAGUAUCGACGAGCACGGCAGCGUCUGUCACCCGAUUACCUCCGAGAACACGAUUGUCGAGGAGGCCGCCGGCGACUACCUGAUGGUGGACCGCGGCCGCGCCAGCGCCGAGCCGCAGGAUGCCGCCGGCGGCCGGAAGCGCUCGCUGCCGCCGCUGUCGCUGCCGCUGGCGCCGGCCGGCUCGGCGUCGGCCGGACCGCCGUCGGCCGACUCGCCUUAUCUGCCGAUGGUGAUCUCGCCGGGCCGGCAGCCGGCGCCGGCCGGGGCCGAGGAGGCGCCCGCCUACCUGCCGAUGGUGAUCGCGCCCGGCGGCGGCGGCGACACGCCCGACGGAUACAUCACCAGCCCCACUCCGAGCCAGGGCCACCGCGGCCACCACAGCCGCGACUCGAGCCUCACCGAGGACAGCUACGUGCCCAUGUUUCCUCAGUCGGAGCACGGCGACUACCUGGACAUGCGCGUGGGCGGCGGCAGCGCGUCGCACCUCUCCGAUGCGGAACUGAGCUACAGCGGGGCCGACCCGGAGGGUUACGUGCCGUUCGCACCGGGACACCCGCACUUUGCGGGCGAGGCCGUCAGCCCCAGUAUGGACGUGCACCCGGCUGGCAAACGAGCCAGCAAAAUAUCGGACGCCGACUCGUACGUCGAGGUGUCGCCGGGCUCCAGCUGCAGUCUGCUCUCGGGUACGCCGCAGUCGGAGUCGGCCCACCUGGACCGCGCCGCGCCGCUCACCGUGCUCACGCCGCCCUCCGAGGACGCGCAGCCGACCGGCCGACACGCCGCCGCCAGCGCGGCCGACCGGCAGCACGCCAGUCGGAGUGACGGCGAGAGCACGCGCAUGCGCGCCUUUUCGCUGGGCAGCCGCCUGAGCCAGGCGCUGAAGCCGCGCCGCCGUGAUCGCUCCGAGAGUGACUCGAACUCCACCGAGCGGCCGUCCACCGGCGAGCCUGGAGUCCACAGCAGUUCUGGAGCGGUGAGCGGCUCGCCGCACCUGAGCUCGUCUCUGGACUCGCCGCUGACGCCGCUCAAGGAGUACUGCCGGCGCCGACAGAAGGGCACCGAGCUGCGCGAGCAGACGGGUAGCCCGGCGGCGGAGUCGCACUGCAGCCAGGACAGCCUGCGGCACCGGCCGCGCUCCAACUCUCAGAGCAGCCAGGGCAGCGACAAGACUCACAGCAAUGGCUGGCGGAUGCUGUUCAAGCGUCGCGACAAGAAGUCGACCGGCUCUCUGCCGGUGGACGUGCCGGCGCAGCGCGCGCCCCGAUCGCCGAACCACCCGCCGCCCUGCGCCGAGGAGACCUACGUCGGCGUGGCGAUGGGAGCGCCGGCGCGCGCGGGCGGCGGCACCCGGCGCCGGCACCGGCCCAAGCGGCGCGACGCGCAGCCGCACUACACGGACGACGACUACCUGAUGAUGGGUCCGAUGCACCUGGACGAGGACACGUCGUCCGGCUCGCAGGCCGGCUCGCUGAAGCGGCGCACUCCGGCCGUCCGGCGCGCACCGACCACCGAGAACGACAGCUACAUGUCGAUGGAGCCGGUGCGGCCGCUGGGCAGCCCGCUGGCCAGUCCCGCCGGCGGCGACUACCUCAACAUGGACAUGUCGCUGCGCCGCGCGCCGCCCACCGCCGCGCCCACGUCCGACUACGUGAACAUGGAGAUUAGCGGCGGCGUGCCGGGCCCGACGCCACCGCCGGCCGCCGACACCUCCGACUACCUGGCCAUGACGCCGCGCUCGCUGGCCACGCCGCCCGGUGUCCCAGCGGCCGCUCCGGCGGCGGCGGCGCCGGCCGGCUCGGACGGCGACUAUCUGGAGAUGUCGCUGGGCAGCCGGCCCACGCCAGCGAUGCCCGUGAUGCGCUCCCGCUCUGCACGCUCCUCGGCGGAACGGGAGCCGGAGCGGUGGCCGGCUGGCAGCCGGCGCGACCCGGACGCCUACUGUGCGAUGGAGGCGCCGCGCCGGCCCGUCUCGGCCCUCCUCUCCGUGCAGACCUCCCUAGACGGCGGCGACACGGAGCGCCGAAAGUCGGACACGACGUCUCCGGACGACCGCCGCCGCAGCAUGGGCUCCGGGUUCAGCCCCGGACCGGGCUCCGGCUCCGGAACCAAGGUGCAGCGGAAAAACUCUGGGGUGACCGGCGCCGGCCUGCUGCGCAAACUGGACGCCAUGAACCCGCGCGCUAUGUUCCGCACGCUCAGCCAGCGCGGCAAGAAGGACUCGAAGCGCCUGUCGCCGGGCGCGGCGGAGGGCGGCGCCGCGCCGACCAGUAUAGACCGCUCGCCAUCCUCCCAGUCUCUGUCGUCGUCCAACAGUAUACAGGAGGAGGUGGAGGUGGGCGCCGGCGCCGACUGCGAGCCGCUGACGUCCAGUGGCGUGCCCGUGUUCCGAGCCGCCGAGCCGGCGCCCGAGUCGCGGCUCGGCUCGGCCAGUCCGUGCGGCUCGGUGGCCAGCGUCACGCCGCGCGCCUCGCUGGCCAGCUCGCAGGCGACCACGCCGCGCCAGACGCCGGCGCCGACACCAACCCCCACCCCGCUGCCGCUGACCACCAGCAGCUCCCUGACGAGCUUCGCGCCGGCGGCGGCGGCGGCAGCGGCGGCCGCGGCUCCGGCGGUCCGGCAGCGGCACGAGUCGAACCCGCCGCCGUGCAGCCAGAGCCGGCAGCAGCGGCCGCAGACGAGCUGCGGCUCGCGCUCGCUGACGGCGCUGCCCACAGAGGAGCCCGAGGUGGUGUACGCCUCGCUGGACCUGGUGGACGGCGACACUGCCGCCUGCCAGGCGCAGCUCGCCGCUGCCAGCAAGCUCACCUACGCCAAGAUCGACUUCAAAGAGACGGGAAAGCUGAAGCAGCGCGACAGCUAAGGUCGGGCGGCGGCGGCCGCGGCGGCGGUGGUGCGGUGCGACCCGGGCGGCUCGCCGACUCCGGUGGGUCGCUCCGGCCGGCCGCGCGGACACUGCCCUAAGCCGCCGUCUGGUGGGCGGGUCCCGGGUCACUGCGCCGGGGCCGCCUACCCUCCACGGCGCGCCGCGCGUGCCCGUAUUUUACCGAGGUAUUUUGUUAUUUUAUAUACAAGUUUAUUUAAAGCGUAGCGGCGUGUGGCUGCUGUGUGCAGGCGGUGGCGCUGUGGUCGUCUUCUACGGGGCGGCGCGCCGGCCCGGUGGUGCUCUGAGCUUUGCUGCGCGCCCGUCGUGAUGUGCGUCUGUUAUGUGUAAGCGCGUGUUGGCGGUGUGAGUGUGUGAGAGGUGUCUGCGCGCGCUGUGCGGCUCGGUGUGGCACCGGCGGACUGCAGCCGGCGCUCCGGCGGGGCAGGGCCGCCGCGCCGCGCCCGCCGACCGGCGCUGGUCGCCGGCGGACAGCCGUCAGGUAAUGGCCGGGUGGGGCGGCCGUCCUCUGUUAGAGGAGCCCCACGGCCCGCGAGUGUGGUUUUAUUGUUGUUAUGUAAGGAUCAUAUCAGUGUUGUUUUAUACAUCUGUUGAGUCUUAUUUGCUCCGUUCAAGACGCCGCUAGUCAUUUGUGGUCUUGUUCGGCAUCGCUUGUCAAUGCUCGGCCGCGAGCCGGGCCAACAUUUAACUAACAUUGGCCACGUACUGUGCAUAGAUAAUUAUUUUAAUACAGGAGUGCUAGGUACGAA